GAAGAACAUUCACUCUCACGCGCUUCAACUUUCUCAGAAACAAGAAAAAUUCACAGCAAAAUUUUCUCGAGAAAAUCCGAAGCAAAAAAAAAUGGCGGAUCAGCUUACCGAUGACCAGAUCUCCGAGUUCAAGGAAGCUUUCAGCCUAUUCGACAAAGACGGAGAUGGUUGCAUCACUACAAAGGAGCUUGGGACUGUGAUGAGAUCACUUGGGCAGAACCCAACAGAAGCUGAGCUUCAGGACAUGAUCAACGAAGUAGAUGCAGAUGGGAACGGGACAAUAGAUUUCCCGGAGUUCCUGAACCUAAUGGCACGUAAGAUGAAAGACACAGAUUCAGAGGAGGAACUUAAGGAAGCCUUCAGGGUUUUUGACAAGGACCAGAAUGGUUUCAUCUCGGCAGCUGAGCUUCGUCACGUGAUGACAAAUCUUGGGGAGAAGCUGACGGAUGAGGAAGUCGAUGAGAUGAUCCGAGAGGCUGAUGUCGAUGGUGAUGGUCAGAUCAACUAUGAGGAGUUCGUCAAAGUCAUGAUGGCAAAGUGAGAAUCUUCUUAUCCCUCGAAAUCCCAAGUCUGUUUAUUUAUUUCCGUCUUUAAACUGAGAAAAGUAAUUUAUUGAACCAAAAGAAACAGAGAGAUUUGCUUCGUUGUUUGUUUUGUUGGUCGUAAUUUUUUGGUAACGUUGCUUCUUCUUUAUUUGAUUGCUUCUUCCUUCAUCUUCGGUUUUGUUAUGUCCGUGAAGUUUGAACUCAAAGUUUGCUUUAGUCUCUUGACCAUUUGAUAUUAUUAUUCUCUCUUUUCUUUUA